GCAGCUAUGAAAUCAAAACUUUUGAUGUGCAACUAUGACAGUAAUACUAAAAAAAAAACCUCAUACUACUAAUACACACUGUAUUACAGUAUAUCAUUUCAAACUAACUUUACUACUACAGCACCGCUAUGCUAUGAUAUGAUAUGAUAUGAUCUCUCUCACAAAGUCACACACACUCUCCUCCUCCUGCCUAGCUGCUAAAGUUAGGGUUCCCAACUUCCCAUCUACAUCUACAUCUACACAUCAAUUAUCUGGAUCAGAUCUGAUUUGAUUUGCAAUUUCCCAACAAAUCAACCCACAGGUACACUAUCAUGUAAUCAACCUCAUUUGUUCUUCUAAUUGUGCCUGUGUUGCGUAUCAUCAGCGCCACUGCCACUCAUCAAUAUCCUUCCUCCUAGCUACCCUACUCCGUCCACCUGUGAAAUCAAUAUUACUAUCCCUUUUUCACCCACCUCACCUUACUACUACUAGGGUUAGGGUUUUUCCAUUACGUACACUUCAAUUCUCCAUCAGAUCUCAAUCAUCACUCAAUUUCCCAUCAGAUACACAUUCUGUCUUCUUUCUAUUUAUCUAUCUAACACACCAAACUAGUGAUAAUGCCCAGACACAAUCGGACUAUGGAGGGUUUGAUUCCCGGAUAUUGCAAGAUCCGGAAAAGGGGUUGCUCCUCUUCUUCGUCUUCCUCUUCUGUGCUCCAGAAUUACCGAUUCAAGCGUGGGGCCAUUUUAGUCGGUAAACCUCGUGGAUCCAGGUCCAGCACCCCCGUCCCCACCUGGAGGACCACCGCCUCCACAUUACGCGCGCCAGACUCCCCUGUGUACGCUCCCUCCCAGACCGGAGGGGGGAAGUCCCGCCCUGUCUCAGCCAGGAAGCUGGCCGCUACGCUCUGGGAGAUGAAUGAGAUUCCGUCGCCCUCGCCCUCUCUCAGAGACAAUAACAAGUUGUUGAAGAAAGAUAUGAGGGUUAGAGACAGAAUGGGGGUGCCCAAGUCCGUUCGAUCGGGUUCGCUUCCUCCCCAUUUGUCUGAUCCAUCACACAGUCCUAUUUCCGAGAGGAUUGAUCAAUCUGGAACCGGUAGUCGCCAGAGACGGCCAUCAUCAAUUUCGCAGAGGCAUAGGCUUGCAGACCACAGUGUUGGAGUUUUGGAUUCUGUUAGCAGUGCCAGUUUAAUGGAGAUUGAGACUAGAUCACGAGGCCAGACUCCUUGUGGCUCCAUAGUUGGAGUUAAACCCCGUUUGAGGGAUGUCAGUAAUGCAUUGACGACAUCAAAAGAGCUAUUGAAAAUAAUCAACCGCAUUUGGGCUCAUGACGAGCAGACUUCGUCAAGCAUGUCCCUUAUCUCUGCCUUACAUGCUGAGCUUGAGAGGGCUCGUUUGCAGGUCAACCAGCUGAUUCAUGAACAGCGUUCAGACCAAAAUGAGAUUGAUUAUCUUAUGAAGUGUUUUGCUGAAGAAAAGGCAUCAUGGAAAAAUAAGGAGUGUCAAGUGAUUGAGGCUGCUAUUGAGUCUGUUGCUGGUGAACUCGAAGUAGAGAGGAAGCUGAGGCGACGAUUAGAGAGCUUGAACAAGAAGCUUGGGAAAGAAUUAGCAGACACAAAGGCUGUACUCACAAAGGCAGUGAAAGAACUUGACAGUGAGAAGAGAGCAAGAGAAGUAAUGGAACAAGUGUGUGGCGAAUUAUCCAGGGAUAUGGAUGAUGAUAAAGCUGAAGUGGAAGAAAUGAAGAGGGAGUCCGAAAAAAUUCAUGAAGAGGUUGAGAUGGAAAGGGAGAUGCUUCAAUUAGCUGACAUGUUGCGUGAGGAGAGAGUUCAAAUGAAACUUUCGGAGGCUAAACAUCAGUUUGAGGAGAAAAAUGCAGUUGUUGACAAGCUAAGGAAUCAACUUGAAUCUAUUUUGAGAACCAAACGAACUAAAGAAAAGGGGCGUGGUUCUCUAAAUCAUGGAAAUGAUGAAGAAAUCACAACCCAUUUAAGAAGUAGAGCUCGUUUUGUCUCCCAUCAGAGUGAAGGGAAGGAAAAGGAUGGAGAAGUGGAGGACGGGGUAGAUUGUGAAGAAGACUCGGCUGAAAGUGAUCUCCAUUCCAUAGAAUUGAACAUGGACAACAAUAUUAAGAACUACAAAUCUACAUAUUCUUCUGUGGCUGCUUGUGAUUCUAAGAGAGUUCCAAUUAAUGUUGAAAUCAAAGGAAGGAACUCUACUUCUGGGAAAGCACCAAGGAGAAGCACUUCUAUUCAAAGGAGCAUGUCAGAUGGAGUUGAAUGGAGCAUCCAAACUGAAAGCAUUCAGAACUCAGGAGAUGUAUUAGACCGAGAGAGAUUCUAUGAACUUGAGAGGCAAGCUCAAAGAAAGGGUUAUGGGGAUGAUAUGCUGAGAUAUAGGUCAACGAAGGGUCUUAGGGACCAGAUAUUGUCUAGUUCUAGAAUAGGGUCUGCUAGGGACUUUGCUAGUCCCACCCGGCAAUGGGGGCCUUCACGAGAUCCUGGAAAUGUUGUUCAGGAGAGACCUGCUAUAUUGCAGGGUAGUGGUUCAAAGUUGAGGCCAGUGGAAGCCAGAGGGGAAGUACCGAAUGCAAGAAGAUCAAAACGUGGCUGAGACAGAAUGCAUGUAGUUAUUUGAAAGAGAGAGUAGCGGCGGAACCCCUGGCUGAGAAAGAGAAACCAAGAAGAUGAAGUGGUGAAAUUUUAUCUUGUUGAUUUAUGCUUUGUACCAACUACUAAGAGCUGCUCUAUUUUAGCUGUUAUUGCUACAUUUACAUGAAAACUGUGGCUAAUUUUCACAGAAUUUUGUAGAAAGUUUGUGCUAAUCCAAGCGAGGUUUUCCCUGUACAAAAGUCCUACUGUAACUGAAAACGCUCAUGCUGCAAGUUCUUAUAUGUUUGCAGAUUUACAAGUCA